GUGAUUGCUCAGCCCUUCAUCCAUUAAGGAUAGAGAUUAAAGCCUAUCCACGUUUCAAGUCGCCUCCCAAAUCAAAUCAGCCAUUUUCAUGCGAUGGAUCGAGAACUCACUCCAGAACAACUCACCAGGUGAGGGUUGCUAGCUAAUAGUGGAAGCGAGCUCCAUGAACAAUGGACAACACAGCCAACGCUGCUGACGGCCGGGGUGCUCCCUCUCAGGGGGGAGAUAAUCAAGGAGGAGACGCCCUAAGAGGAGGCGGUGCCAUGAUUGAUACCACAACGACGGUUCCACCCAUCACCACGGCCACCUUGGCGCCUUCGGAAGAGAUCAUUGCAAUUCCUCAUUCCGUUAAAGGUGGCCAGGAAUUCAUCAUCACUAGGAAUGGACAAAAGUUGAAAAUAAAAUGCCCUACCAAUCUGCGAGGUGGACAAAAAUUAAAAAUCCAACUGGUGCCUCCCGACAAGAGGGCUUUUCUGGUUCCAGUCCCAGAGGGAGUCAAAGAAGGCGAAACGUUUAGUUUUGCCUUUAAAGGACAGAGGUUCCGGGCCAAGUGUCCUCCCAACACCCAGCCUGGGUUGUCCAUAAGGGUCACGCUGCCGGCUAGCAAGGGUAAAUUCCAAUGGUCUGAAACAGAGAUCAAAGAUGGACCUGCUAUUCCGCCAGGAAAGAAUUGCAUGGUCGCUUUGGCCGGUGUUCGAGUGCUCGUGCGCAACAACGAUGAGGAAGCGACAAGACACUUUCGAUUCACAGUUCCCUCCUGCCUAUUCUCUUCUUCGGUACCAGCGCAGGAACCUCGAAUCACAGGAUGGGCGCCAACGUUUCAUGCCGACGACCAAAAAUUCCAUUGGUUUUGCUUCGGUUCCGCUCCCGAGAGAGUCAAUACUCAAUAUGUUUUGGAUCGUCAAACUGAUUUGGAGGCUGGGUCAUUCCACCCCACAAAUUCUUCGUGGGUCCCCGUAUUGGUUGACCAGAAGCUGAACCUGGUGGCCGCACAAAACAUCGUUAUGGACGGCACCAUUACAGAUCAAAACGGCAAACAAAUCUUCAAUCAGGAAGAUAUGCUGAUGUUUCAGCGAAAAGACAUCAAAGAGAAACAUGAAUUCUUUUGUCAUUUGGGAGCACUCUUGGCGAGCAGCGAAGGGCUGUGUGAUGGUCAAGUGCGCCAGUCGCAUAUUCUGGAUGAUAGCAUGGAGUUUGUGGGCAAUCUCACAGACAAACAACUCAAGAGACAGUGGUGGAGAGUCAAAAUAGCAACCCAGGACGACAACGAAGGGGAACGAAGCGAUACCAAGGCAUGGUUCCAGAGUUUGGUGAGAGAACUACUGAGUUUAGACUUGGGUAUUUGGCAACAAGUAAGGAAUGCUGGCCUGGAGCCUAGCCAAGCCGCAACUCAAGGCAAUGCAUUAAAAUACUUUCGUGUCCUUGGUCGGGUGUUGGGUAAGGCUUUGAUACAGGGCUGCCCCCUGAGCGAAGUCAACUUGAGAGAUUACCUAUUCAAGUAUUUGUCUGGAUGCCCACUGGAUAUGAGUGAUCUGGGAGCAAUCAGCCCCAGCCUUGCCGUUAGUCUUUGCUACUUUCAUGAGCUGGCCCAAGCACAAGAACUUGACAAAUUCUUGGCCAUGACACCGUUGACGUUUACUCUCCCUCCAGAACCAUUAGCAGGAAUCACGGAGGAAGUUACGCUAGUUCCAUGGGGUGAGAAGCGACUGGUGACAAGUGGAAACUAUGCCAAAUUCAUGGAGGAAGCUUGGCGGUAUGUUGUCUUGAAGCGCCUUCGUCCGCAGCUACAGGAGCUUGUCGCUGGGAUCCACGACGUGAUGCCACACGAAGCCAUGCUGCAGCUCUUGAAUCCACAAGAACUCAAGACUUGUCUCUGUGGUUUUCCCGAACUAAAAGUUGAAGAAUGGCAACAAUUCACAACGUACACCGGUCCCUAUUCGGCCCUGGGACUUGAGCAUCCGCACAUACAAUGGUUUUGGCAAAUCGCAGCAGGAAUGGACUACAUGACGAGAAUGAGACUACUUCAAUUCGUCGCCGGAAUUCAUUAUAAUUGGGGUGCGAACGAUUUUAGACUUCAUUCGGCUGGGUUUGAUGUGCUGCGUCGUCGCGAUACUGGCAACCGCCAAUUUGUGAUACGAGGGCUUCCUGCCAUGACUUCGGACAUUGGAAUCAGCCCAAAAAUCAACAGAGGAUUCGGCAUUGGCGGCACCUGUUUCCUGGAACUCCCACCUUUUACUUCCGUCAAUGAGAUGAAACUGACUCUUUUGUCGAGGCUCGACGUACACCGCAAAAGCACUUAGCGAGUCAUAUUUCACACGCACUAUGCACACUAGCUCCCGCGGUUCUUUGGGGUUGCUAACGAGUAUAGCCAGCGCAUCUAUUUCUCUCUUGAACUCUCUCGUCUCAUGUCGUCGUCGUUUCAGACUUGCCUAGAUCAACCUCUGUGAGCUGUUGCCGUAGUUUCUCUCUUCGGGGAUCAUUCGGAGACGCCGCCAGUAGCAUGUCUCUUGUGAUAUCCCAGCCAGAUGUUGUUGUUGUCGAUGGCAAUGCCCCGAUGCAGUGCAACAAGGGUGCCACAAUCAUGGCAAUCAGAGGCGGGGCCACAGCAUUUCCUAGCAUGUGGUAGGGUCGUUGCUGGCACAAUUGAAAUGCCUCUGGAAACCCCUGCAACCGGGCCGCUUCUCGACUUGAGAAUCUCCGCCAUGCUGGUGUGUUGUCGUUGUCCUGGACGGGAACAAACUGGGAUCCCACCAUGUAUUUGGUGUAGCUACUCUGCAAUGUUUUGGCUGGUUUGGUGGUGUCCAUCAAGAAUCGAGCUUCUGGGUGUUCUUGUGUGUACUUUUGGGCUUGAACCUUGGCAAGCUGAUUUGGCGUCAAAGUCAGACUUUCUAGCUCUUCUUUGGAGAGUUCAUCUUCCGGGGUUUUGUUGCCAUGCAAGAUAUCCUCUACUCCUCGGCAUAGAUCGGG